CAUGAACGAGCCUCGAUUCACUACAAGCCUGAACUUCUACGAUGCGUCUCUCCCAUACCUCAACUGACUGCACAGCACAAUCUGCAGCAGCAUAGGAUGUAAUCAAUCCCACAUGUUUCAUCUCUGCGACUCGGGGAUUUUCUCUUUGAAUAUUUUUGUACUUUUUCUUUCUUUAUACCCCCCUCGCCAUGCAGUGGAUAUAACUUGCCAGACAUGACAGGGACUCAGUUUCUACCCUGUAAAGCCAAAACUCCGCUCAAUGCGAGGGGAGCCCGAAGUUCAUAAAAGGGAUUAUUUGCAUCUGGGUGCCUGAGACCUUCGGUGCCUCCGGAUUUUACUUUGGAUUUGGGAUUUAUCGGUUCUCACCGGGAUGGAAAGCCGAGAUUUUGCUCCUCCGCACCACCUCCUGACGGAGCGGAGCGCGUUGGUUCACAGCGCCGCGUCUCGGAUGGCGCCAGGCGGCCACGGCUCCGUGCAGCACCCCGCUCACUUCCAGCCUGGGAAAUACUACUCCUCUCACCUCUCCAUGGCUCCGCACUCAGGUGCUUCCUUCAUGGGUUCCUUCCUGGCCAGUAGUCUGGGAUCCCCACCUUCCCACCCUCCUCACCCCUCAGGACCUGCUGCCUCCCCCUCCUCUCCCUCCUACAGGACUGGACCGCAUUCGAGCGCUUCUCCUAUCUGGUUCCCCCAUUCACAUGAAGGGUACCCCAGCUAUUCGGGAAGUCUUGCUUCUCCUUUUCUCCCUAUGAGUCCCCUGGAUCACCAUGGCAGUGGUCUCUAUGGACAGCACCGCUUCUAUGAAACUCAAAAAGAUCACUUCUACCUGAGAGGCCUUCCUCCCCAGCCCUCUCUGCUCUCCACCAAUCACAGCCUUCCACCAUUGUCCAGGACCGCCCCAGGCCACCCACUUGGUUCUUGUAGCCGGGAGACAGACAAUGGGGGAGGAGGCGGGAAGAGUACCAAGGACGUGGGUGAGAAAGGAGUUUCAACUUUGUCAAAGGAGAAGGAGCGAUCAAGCAGCAAGGAGCGGCACCAGGAGAGCAGAGACAAACAACAUCAGCUUCAUCAUCACCAUCCUCAUCAGACAAAUGCUCCCACCACUCCAUCCAGCCACCACCAUCAAGCUUACCCCCACUCUCACCAUGCCCUCAUUCCUCAGCUUGCAUCCCAGGGCAGGGAGGAGGACCACAGACACUCUCUGGAGCAACACAAGGAGUUCAGAGAGAGUGACACAGGCAGCCAGGGGACAAAACAUAUGAGUGCCUGUAAACUGUCUAGUGGUUUGGGGACAGAGACUGGCUCUGGAGGAAAGGGGGGAGCACUUAGUAGCUGCAGUGGCGGUGGCAUGGGAAGACCUCCAUCUGGAGGUGGCAGGCGCUGCUCCAAGGAUGGACUUACAAAUGGGGAGAUGAGGAUCAGUGAAUCCUCAGCUUCCUCCUCUGAAUGUAUGAGACGAGGGGCGACUGCAGCAACCACCAUUUUGGCACCUCCAACCCCCCAUUCUGUGACCUCCUAUUCCAUGCCUCCUCCUCCUCCACCACCACCCCCUCACACCCUGCACAUGGGCUCUACAGUCACAGGAGGGUGGCUACACCAUACACAUCACCAUCCUCAUCCUGACUUUUACUGCCCUCCAGUCCCGCUUACACUGACGCCAUCCAAAGAUCCAACAUCCAUGCCUGCAGGGUCUGGCAGAGACGUGAAGGUCAUCGGCCCAACUUACGUGCCCUCAGUCGGGCCACUGGGAGACCUGGCAGCCCCUGACUGUCGUGGAGCAGGAGGAGGAGGGAGAAAAGGAGAUGAUAAGAAUGGAGAGUCAUCCUAUGAAAGUCCCUCUCAUCACCUCAGUCGACUUGGUAGUUGCCAGAAAAAGGACAAAUCUCAGCCACACCAGCAGCAGCUGGGAUAUGGCAAGGCUGACAAACCUCCGGACUGGAGCCACCAGACGCAGCACUUCCACAAACCCAACUCUAAUGUGAGCUCUCAGCCUGAGCUGCGGUCUUGCAGCCUGGAAACAUCUUCGUCCUUCAGAGAUGUAGAGGUUGUGCAUGAUGUUUACCGGCCCUCACUUUCACUAGAUGCCCAGGGCACACACCCUGGGGCUGGACAGGGCAUGUCCAAGAAUGGCCGUGACACCAGCACUCCUCCUUUCAGGGACUGUUCGCAUUCAGGUCCUCAAUCCAAUGGGAAGGUAGGAUCAGGGGUUCUGAGGGAGGGACAAAAGGUUGCAAGGAUAAGGCACCAACAGCACAACAGCCAUGGAGCAAGUGCAGAAGAGAGGGGAAGAGAUGGAGAUCAGACAGCACCUUCUUUGGGGGCUCGAGGGGGCCACCAAGAGGACCAGAGAAAAGGCUCCCACCAUAUAUCAUUUGGUAACGGUGAAGUAAGAGGGCUUAGCAACAGAGCCCCAAACAGUGAUCACAACCAGCCCCAUUCUCAGCCCCCACCUUUAUCCCACUCCUCGUCCCUCAGCACGGAAGGUGAGGCCAGUGCCAUGAAGAGCCUAAUGAACUACAGCUCCCAGCAGCCAUUGAUGCUGCCACAUCGGAGCCCCUUUGGAGGUCUAGGCUGCCUCAAGCAGGGUGGAGAGAGAUCAGAGAAGGGAGACAGAGGAGGAGUUAAAAGCAACACCUCCUCACAAGACCCUCCCAAACAGUCACUCCCUCCUCGUCGAGGCACCACCAACGAGGGAGAGAAGGGCGACAGAGGUGGGAAGGAGGUGGGGGAGGCAGGAGAAGGAGAGGUGCGGCAGCCUCCUGUCGGCAUUGCAGUUGCAGUGGCCCGGCCACCCCAUCGUUCCCCAGACAACACCCCUGGACACAGCAGACAGGGCAGGGUGCUGCCCAGCAUGAAAGGGAUGUCGCGCCCUAUGUAUCCUCUUGGUCGGGAGGCAGAAGACAGGAAGAGGAUGACAGAAGACCAGAUCAGUCUUCAUCACAUGGAGAGAGACAGAGAAAUGAUCAUCAGGGAAAACAAGGAUCGUGUGGAGUUUGCCAGGAUCCACCCUUCUAGUAGUUGCCAUGGUGACCUGACCCCUCACCUCUUGGUGCCUGGAGGAGCCAGCCAGUUAGGGGCAGACCCUGUAGCACAUGCUCACACAGCUCACCACCACUGGAUGCAGAGGACAGGAAGUCCGUCCCUCUGGAUGGGGCAUUCAUACAGUCUGAGCCAUGUGGGGAUGAGCCCUGGCUUCCCACCGGGUCUGCCCAGCCCUCUGCAGCCCGUCCUGGGGUCGCUAACCCAAGACCCUAACUCCCCACUUGUGGUUCUUCCUGCAGAACCUGGGCCUCAUCAUCAUCUUGAUGUUCUGGAGCAGUCGGGUCUAUGGCCUCCUGUGUACGGAGGCAGAGGGCCUCCACCUCACCUGCAGCAUCACGCCGUCUACUCCCGGUCCUCAUUCCUACGGCAACAGGAGCUGUACGCCUUUCAGCAGCAGCAGCGAGCCAUGGAGCAAAUGCAGCGGCACUCGUUAGGACAGAAGAAACAUGAGGAGCAUGCUAUCACUAUAGAAGACUCGCCUCACCAAUCUUCAAUGCCCAGAACUCCAUCCUCAGUUUCUUCCUCUUCUUCAUCCACCACUUCUUCCCAUGUGGCCAAACCCUUCUCACACACUCCUCCUCCACCCAAAACUCCUACAUCAUCUUCGGGGAUGUGUCCCAGUAGCCGCCAGUCACCCUGCUACCACUCCCCGUCCAGACGUCCACACCCACCAAACCCUCUGACCCCUGCGCCGAGCCCAGCUGCAGCAGCACCACGCUCUCCGGCGAUCAGCCCGGCUCCUUCACACCUCUCUAAAGGGCUGGAGAGAGGCAGUGACAGAGGAGAGGGACAGCCACCUCAGGACUACCCACAAUCCCUAGAGCCAGACUUACCACCUGUUUACAACUACCCUUCAAUCACCAUGGGUUACAAGGCCAGGCCCUCGCCUCCUGAAGCCCGAUUGGCCGAACAAACCAUGGUGGAGGCAGAGCCAGCAGAACCCGACUCCAAGUCCCUCCCACAUCCGUGCCACAUCCAGUCUCUCACCAAAGAAGAGGAGAGGAGGGAAGAGGAGGGAGAGAGAGACUGUGAAGUGCUGGAAUCCAGGAGUGGAGUUACAGAGGAAGGGAAGGAGGAAAGGCAGGUGGAAGAGAAAGGAUCCUCUGACUCCGAGCCUGAGAGCAAGAUUUCUGGAUCACCACCAUGCCCUUCCCCAGCUCCAGGCUCAGAUCGAGCCUCUCCAGCUACAGCCAUAGACAAAGACCUAAAAGUAGAGCCUACCAUGGGUUGCCUAGGCCAGAAUGCUGGUCUGGAGGAGCCCCAGCCUUCCAAAGAGCAGGAGGAUGAUAGGGAACAUGAAAAAGAGGACAUGGGGGACAAAGGAAAGAAGCUGGAGCAUGAACCAACAGAAUGUACUUUCUCUGUGCCUGUCAAGCCAGAGAAGGAGGAAGUGGAAGAGAAUGGGGUCAAAGAUGGACAGAAUGUAGUGGUGGUUGAGGCUGAGGAGGAAGAGGAGGGGAGUGAAAUCAAUCCACGCGGUGGCUUAGUGGAACUAAUGUGUGACUCUCCUGCUUCCUCCCUGUCCUCUGACCCUGUCCUCCCUCCUACAGUAACCACAGUAGCCCAUCUCCAAGGAGCCUACAUGUGGAGCCUGGAGCUCCUGAUUGCUGCGGCUCUGUGUGCCACCAGAGAUGCCUUGUACCCACCUGUACCAACUGCCCAUGCCCCAAGUCCUCCACCCCACCACGGUAUGGAGAUACUGGGAGAACUGGCUGAGUUGGAAAUUCAGCAGAGGAGCAGGAAGAGCAAAGAGAAAGACAGUGAAGGUGAGGACAUGCUGACCUUUGACCUCACCAGUCUGGCGACACUGGCGGCUGCCCGUGCCCUGGAGAUGGGUGGAAGGGCUGUGGAUGUGGGGGCGGACAAGCAGUGUCCAAUCAGGAAGAGACUCAAUCUGCGCAGGAAGUGCAGCUGGACGCCUCGCCAUGAGCCGGUGUGCCCAGUGAAGGGCUCCAUGGAGACGAUGGGAGGGGAGGAGUUGGCCAUGCGUGUCCAGCUGGCUGAGCUACAGCGCCGCUACAAAGAGAAACAGAGAGAACUGGCCAAGCUACAGAGGAAACACGACCACCAGAAAGAAGAGAUGUCUCGCAGCCCUGCCCGCCGGGGGCCCGGCCGCCCCCGCAAACGCAAGUCCCCCCCUGGCCCAGCUGCUGCAGAGAGCUCCAAAAGACUCAGGGCCAACUUAAAUUUACUGGAAGAAAAAGACAGGAAGAAAAUGUCCAGUCACAGCUUCAGCAGCCUCAGUGCUGCACAGAUGAAAGCCCGCUGUAAGCACAGAGGUCGGUCCAGUGCCCUGAGCUCCAGGCUGGCAAGACGGGUGACCCAGCUGAAGCAGAAGGCUGCAGCCCAGCGUGGUGCCCCAUCAGAAGCCAUACUGCACUGCAGAGGGGCCCUGGGAGCACGAGAGACCCCCAAGAGUCAAUGUAGACAAGGAGGGAAAGUGCUGAUGGAUGCUGUCUUGAAAAGAGCUCCUCACAAGGACAGCCAUGCCUUGGAGAAGAAGGAAGUUCGAGAAGAGAAGAGUGACAGUGAGAGCUCAGACCAUGAUGAGGAGGAGGAUGGCAGCUAUGACAGUGAAGAUGGAGCCAGUGACAUCAAGAUCAGCUCAUCCUCUAAAGAAGCUCCUGCAAACUCUACUGGAAUUAUGCCUUUUUUAUCACAGCCCUCCAAGUUCCAAACAAACCAGAAAGCCAGGAGUAAGAGACCAGGGCCUCCCGACAUGGGGAGCAUGCCCAGUACAGAUCAAAAGAGAGCACCCAGAAGGCUGAGCUUCAUCUACACAGAAAAAGGACGUCCAGACCAUCAGGGGACUAAAAGAACCUCACUGCCCAACUGGGGUGUAUCAUCGGUGUGUUGCAGCUUCGGGGAUGGUCGGGGGAACCACAGGGCUCGGAUGGAAGUAGACAAAGCCAACAAAGAAGCUGUGAGGAAGAGCUCAGCAGGACCGGGCAUCCUGGGAAAAGUGUGUGCCUGCUGUGCUAACACAUCUCCCUGUGUUUGUGCAGGCAGCUAUUGUUGACGAGACACCUGCAUUCAUUUCAAUUAGAAAUGCCCCAAGGCCAAGGGCCACGCAGUGAGCCAACUCCUGCAGAGCUUUACAGAUGACGACGGCUUUCAGUUGGAUGAGGAAAGCAGCUUCUCGGAGGGUGAAGGGGAAGAGAAUGAAGAGGAGGCAAACGAGAAGAAGUCAAUGCACCUUCCUCCCAACAUGCCUUGCAGAAUCCCUGCUCUGCCAAACUGUGUGCUGAGUAAAGAGAUGUUGGUGGAUGGGCUGAAGAUCCUGAUCUCUAAGGAGGACGAGCUGCUGUAUGCUGCCUGUGUCCAAACCCUGGACCUGCCUGACAUAUUCAGUGUCGUCAUUGAAGGGGAACGAGGGAAUCGCCCCAGGAUCUACUCACUGGAGCAGCUACUACAGGAAGCAGUGUUGGACGUGCGGCCCCAGACCGAAGCCAUCUUGACCGCAGGAACGCGAGUGUGUGCCUACUGGAGUGAGCGCUCUCGCUGUCUUUACCCUGGAUAUGUCCAUCGAGGAGGUCCAGGCGAGGAGGAGAAGGAGGGCAGCGUGAUGGUGGAGUUUGAUGAUGGAGACAGAGGAAGGAUCUCCCUUGCAAACAUCAGACUUCUGCCCCCAGGAUACCAAAUCUGCUGUGCGGAACCCUCUCCAGCACUUCUGAUAUCCCCUGGUUGCCGUGGUCGACGAAGCUUCACCCAGGAGAAGAAAGACACACCCACAGAGAAAGCAGCCAGUGACGAGCCAGCAGGAAGACCUCAGGAGAAAAGGCCAGUUGGCAGACCGAAGAAAAUCCAUUCAGUGCCUAAAACUGCCAGCACACCAACAUCAGUAACAGACACUGUUAUCAAAAGCAACACUUCCUUGUUGAACUGGUCUACGCCCAGGAAGAAACCACCUGUUGACUUUUUCCUUUUCAAUGGGACAUCUCGUAAGACCCAAAGGAGGAUACGAGAACGAGACUUGGGGCUGUUUCAUCGCCCUGCCUCCCACCCUCUUGCUCCCCCAAGUCCUAUCAAAGGUAUCUUUGGCUCCCCUUUUGAAGUUGAUUCAUUCAGUAGCAUUGCCAAUGGCUACUCUGCCUUUGGAAGUAGUGGAAACACUGGAGCCGGACGACUUGUUACCACAGUCACUUCCAUGGGGCAUCGGGACUCCUCCUCCUCUACUUGCUCCUCAAAUAUCACCAUGGCAAUGGCAGCUGGGAGCAGGAAGCCAGUGAGCGAACGUGACAGGAGACAGUUCCUGAUAAAGCUUGACCAUGAAGGAGUGACCUCUCCUAAAACAAAGAAUAGCAAAGCUCUGCUUCGACUUGGCGGGGGUGGAGGGAGAGGUGGAAAGAGCCUCGCUUCCACAGGAGCACCACUGAGAUACAUCCACCCCUCGCUGCUGGUGAAGGAUGGCAAGAAGGGAGCAGGGGACAGAGACAGUGCUGGGACCCACUCCGAGGCUCUUCUAAAGGGUGCUCCACCUCUGAGGAAGGAUCUUCUGUCAACUGGUCUCGGAGUCCAAGGUGGAGAUUACAGUUUGGACUACCCAAGCGACUGCCCCAGCUCCUACUCUGAGCUGGAUGAGGAUGAUGAAGAUGACAGUCAAGAUGCUGAAGCACGUAGAAGAAAUGCAGAAGUCACAUCUCACCGUGGUGGUCGCUUUCUGUCUCGUCUCGCUGUGUGCUUCUCCUCAUCGUCAUCCUCAUCUUCGUCCUCCGGUUCCAUCUCAUCCUCGUCUCUCUGCUCCUCAGACAACGAUUCCUCCUACUCUUCUGAUGAAGAGUCCUCAUCAGUUCUUCUGCGCCGUGCUCUUCUCCAGCAAGAUAAACAGAAGCACAGGCACAACAUGACCUCCAACCUCCUGAGCCCUGAAGCUACCACCUCCAAAAGCUCUCCUUCUUCCUCAGCCCCAGCUCAUGGUUAUGUGGCCAAAGCCAACAUGGCUGUCUCAGGGUCAAAGGCAAGGGCUGACAGAGCAGAAGACAGGAAGGAGUUCAUAUCAAAAGGGAGUAUGGCGGCUAACAGCAGCACAGCUAAGACCCAGGUGAAGAGGAAAGAAGGAAUCUCUAACAGCCACCAUCAUAGCCAGCAGGAAAAACUUACUUCCAAGGACCCAGCAACAGCUAAGAGGCAGAGGAUGUCCUCACCUGAGUCUCUGGGCAACAUGGCUCCCCAGGUGCCUGGACGCCAGCUGUGGAAAUGGUCCGGUAAUCCUACACAGAGGAGAGGUCUGAAAGGUAAAGCACGCAAGCUUUUCUACAAGGCCAUUGUGCGGGGCAAGGAGACAGUACGUGUUGGGGACUGUGCUGUGUUCCUGUCACCUGGGCGGCCCCAGCUGCCCUAUGUGGGCAGAGUGGAGAGCCUCUGGGAGUCGUGGAGCUCCAGCAUGGUGGUCAGGGUCAAGUGGUUUUACCACCCAGAGGAGACUCGCUUGGGGAGGCGACACCGCGACGGCAAGAAUGCUUUGUAUCAGUCAAGCCAUGAGGAUGAGAACGACGUGCAGACCAUUUCCCAUCGCUGCCAGGUGGUCAGCAGGGCCGAGUAUGAUCACCUCAUAUGUGAGCGCAAGCCCGGCAACACGGUGAAUGACCUGUUCUAUCUGGCCGGAACCUAUGAACCUACCACAGGCCAGCUGAUCAGUGCUGAUGGCAUGGCCAUUGUGCCAUAGCACCGUCAGCUAGAGUGAAAUCCAAAUAUUGACCUGAACUCUGAAGUUGACUGCUUCUAGGAUGGUCCUUCAGAACAGAGCAGGGGACAGAGGAAACCAAGACAAGAGUCUGGACUCUGCAUAUUGAUCUGUCCCUUGUAAGAGAAGGAGCUAGCCCGCUGGAUAAAGCCCGGCUGUACUGGCACUUGAGGAGUCCGGGCUUGCUCUGGGGAAGGGUCUGACCCAUGUUAGGUUUAACCCCUUUAUUAGAUGUGGACUGAGGGUCCUGAUCAUAAGGGGAGUCUUCAGCCUUCCCUGUGGCUGAAAUAAGAGUAUCUUGUCACUGUGACAAGAUUACUGCAACAGGAGAACACGAACCAAGGACAUAAGCACUUUGGAGUACAGCAGCUGUGGAGGGAGGGUGGCAGGCACUCUGAGAGUGUAUGAUAAGGAGAGACUUACAGUAACCCACACUGGUUUGGAUGGUUUUGGUGGUCUAAUACUGCUAGUUUGAUAAUGACAGCGCAAUUGGGAGAUCCCCAAGAGGACCAAAAAAACACUGUAGUUCGGACUUGUGUGUGUAAAUGCGUGUGUUUGCAGAGUGGUUGCAAUCAUCCUGUUUGGCAUUUAAUAAGCUCUAAGUAAACAGCGCUUUAGCGUGUGUUUGUACUGUAUGUGCGUGAGUAUGUGUGUGGUGUGCACGUGUACGUCUGUGCUCAUCAAGCGAAAGAUGACUUGAUGACACUCUGCCGGUAUGUCUUUAACACUCUGAAUAUUAAUCUAUCCAGUACUUAACAUGCAGUUUUUGGUCCUUACGACCGGAACACAAAACGAUUUUCUUUUUCUCCUGUCAAGCCAUACACGUCAAUACCUCUCUCUCUCGCAUCCUCCUGUUCAGGUGCGAAGAUUCAUGUACAGGUAGUUGGAUUAUUUGAAGUGUUCAUGCGUAUGUGUGCAUGGGCGAGCGUGUGCGCUUUGUACAGGAAUACAUAUAAAAUAACACGUUGUAAAUAGUAUUCAUAUAUAUUUGCUCUUUGUUUUUCUUUGCAGAGAAGAUUAUUUUAUUUAGAUUUUUUAGGGUGUGUGGGUGGGUUGAGGGGGCGGGGGUCUCGCAGAUGGAGGACGUUGGGUUAAAUUUCCUUCUCUCACAAUGCACUGAACAGGAUUGGAGGCAACUGAUGUGAAGACUUUGUGCUUGUAAGCCCUUUAGGGAUGAAUAUGUAGAAAAGGUUUUUGGGAAAUAUUGUUAUAAGCAACUCAGAAAAAGGCUCUUUUUCAAAAUGUGUCCAAAAUGUUUUUUUUUUUCUUUUUCUUUUGCUCUGUUGGGUUCAGAAUGUGCAUUUCCUGUUGGGAAUUUUUUCCCCACAAAUACUGGAAAAGAAACAGAGUUUCUGCUGUUCUCUGAUCCUAAAAGAAUCUAGCUUUUCUUUAUCUAUUUUAGCCUGUAUUCCUAUAUAAAAUGUUCAUAUUUAUCUGGCAUCAAAAAGAAACAUACCAAAGCACCUGUGAGUUUACGCUUCACUGCAUUAGAAGAAAACAGUUUUAUGAAAAAGAGGAAAAAAGACGUCGAAUCAAAUCUGAAUCCGGGACCCCUGCAAUCACCGAGGUAUUUGAAGUAGAGUUCCUCUUCGUUGUCUGUUCGUGUUCACCCAGCGUUGCUAUGACAGCCUCUGAGAAAUGUUGCAGAAACAUUGUCUGCAUGCUGCCCAGCUGAUGCACUCGAGAUCGCUAUGGCAACCAGAAUGGCAUCACGUGACUGUGAAGGACAAUCAGAGCCAAUCAAUGGGACAAUGUUGAGAGACAAAAAACAAGAUAAGAAUCAAAUCACAAAUUAUGCUUCUUGUCACUUUUAUUCCUGCUUUGCCAAAAAUGUCUCUGUGUUUGUUUUGUGUUUGCUUGUUUUCCUUGUUUACCAUUGUCUUACUGUUUAUGCAAGCCCAUGAUGACUGUUUGUCGUCAGUGUAUAGGAUGUACAGGGGAAAAGAAUAUGAAUGCCUUUUUCUUUUUUAGGACAUUGAUUGACAACAAUGUUGCUGUUACACUGCAAAGCAAAAGCUUUAAAAGGAACCUAAUGUGAAAUUCAGUUUUAAAAUAUAACUUUUAUGGGUCUUUAAUUGAAUUAUUUUUUAAAAGCUGUAUUUUCUUUAAUAAAACACUGGAUUCAGUUCUAAUCAUCACAUUUUGACAGAAGCGAAAUCAUUGUGUUUUUUUUAGACCCACUGGAACCUGCUUUGUACGGUCGAGAUAGCCUACUAAAAUAUAUUAUGUGAUUUCAGUCUUUCUUUGGAAAUAUAACUUAAAUAUUUCCUCAUGUACAAAAAGAAAAAAAUUAUUUAUCUUAAUUUUAUUGCCCUCAUGUGUUUCAUUAAAUAAAAGACUCUUA